CAGGUAUUGGAUAUUGUAUGAACGCUAAAUUUCAAACGGUAGCGUUGCAAUGGUCCGCAAAUUAAAGUAUCACGAACGAAAAUUGCUAAAGAAGGUCGACUUUAUUAACUGGGAAUGUGACAAUAACUUACAUGAAGUUAAAAUUAUGCGACUGUUUCACGUCCAGAAACGCGAAGACUACACACUGUAAGCCUUCGUUGAUUUUCUCAACGUUAAUGUCGACUUGAUGUGUACAAACUUAAAGAAAACAAGUAUUGGCAGUUGACUUAUGACUCGUUAUUUCGACUUCUUGGUUUGCAACCGCCGCUUCUCGAUAAUUAUCUUUAUUCGAAGAUCAUCGUAUCGUUACGAAGUGAAGGAUUUGGACAAGAGUUACAAUAAACUCUCUCGAAAAAUCAGAGAAAUUGCGGAAAAACUUAAGAAUAUCAAUGAAAACGAUCCUUGGAGGGCAGAAAUGACUGAACUACUGACAGCAAAGUUACACAACUUAGGUUUGAUACCAACAAGAAGGAGUCUUAUGUUAGCGUCGAAAGUCAACGCCUCUUCAUUUUGUCGAAGACGGCUUUCAGUUAUUGUAAUGCGUUCAAAAAUGGCAGAAACAAUGAAAGCAGCUGUGACGUUUGUUGAGCAAGGACAUGUUCGUGUGGGCCCAGAUAUCAUACGAGACCCAGCAUAUCUGGUUACAAGAUCUAUGGAAGACUAUAUAACUUGGGGAUCUCGAUCGAAAAUUCGUAAACGAAUUGAGGAUUAUAAUGGAUUGCGAGAUGAUUAUGAUGAUGUGUGACAAAUUGUGAGUAUAUAAUACUAUACAUAAAUCAUUAUGACUACAAGUUAUAUAUUUUCUUGGAAUAUAUAAUUGAAAUUACUCCUUCAAAAAAUUCUCGAGUUUUACUGCAGAUUCAUGCCAAGUUCGCUAUUUCGGACGUAAGAAAUACAAAGGUCUUACCGCCAUCCGACAAAAUUACCAACACACUGUCGCUCAAAUCUGUAAAUUUUCGUGAACUCUUGAACUUGUGUAAUCUUUAUAGUGUAGUGUAGGUGAUCGUAAUAUAAUGAACGACAUAUUUCGCAGUUUUAGCCUGUUAAACCGCUUUUUAGAUCAAAUGGAUGUCUUUCAUAAUUUAUAAGCUCGGAAAAAGUCUGAAUGACUUGAGUGAAAUUCAGAUCCCUCGGAAUUUUCUCUUUGAAUUUUGGAGACAUCAUUAAUCAACCUUUGAAGUCUAAUGACUUCUUACUAGCCAUUUUUCAUCGCUUCAGAUUAGCCAUGGCUUUUAGAACUUCAAUUAGAGUCGGUGGGCCUAUUUCAAUGUCCCAUUCAAGCUGUUUGGGAAUGGUGAUUAGCUGAAUAACAGCUGAACUGCUCCUUAAAUUGUUCCGCUCAUCGUCCUAAACCUCUAAACCGAGAGCAGAUGAGUGCCGUCUUUUUCUGAGAUUGACAGUUGACUUAUUAGUCCCUGUUUCCUUUAUUAGUCUGAAAAGCUGUUUGGUGUUACCUACAGCUGCUGCUUUCUCCAUAUUUUUUUGCUUUCGUUGCUCACCACUGCUCACGAUCGUUUCGCAAACUCUUGGUUAGUCUAGAUCUGGUUUGUUUUCGCUCUUCAUUGUGUUCGGAGCCUGAUGGGAUAAGUUUAAGAGGGUCUAUCAGCGCAAUAGAUGUCACAAAACCCACUGGUUUUUCGUAACCCUUUGGUUCACAUCAGUAAUAGAUGUCACUGCUGUCUCCACAGACGUUUUUAUAUCUUUUCAAGCAACAUCUAGGUCAGCCUCCUUUUCAGAACUGUCUAAGUAUGACCUCAGUUGUUCCUAGAAUUUACUUUUGACUUUCUCGUCACUAAGUUAAACUACAAUGGGUCUUCUUAAUGUGGCUUUUCUGCGUCCAGUGAAGCACAAGCAAAUACUUGCUUGUAUUAGAACAUGAUCAGAGUUUAAACAUGUAUUCUAGAACGAGCGGCAGUCAUCUAUCGAGCCUCUCCAACGAUGACUGAUGGCAGUAUGGUCUAUUUGAGCCUAUCGUCACCAUUUUAGAUGAUGUCUCUCAUGCUGAAAAGUAGUGCUUGCUAAAAAUAAACGAUUGUCUG